UUCUCUUUAUUUCCCCUCUUCACGUGGUGCAGGUGGGAAGUGACGCGCGCGGCCCGGGAGCUGCGGACGCGGAGGCCGACGGAGCGGGAGUCGCAGACGCCGCGGGGUCUCCGGGACAGGAACCCCCAGUGCUGUGUGCUGAUUCUUCAGGGAAGUUUUACUGGAACCCUGGCCCCAGCCAGUGAGCAGAAUGUCAGCCACGCUGGAUCUGAAAUCAAAGGAAGAGAAGGAUGCUGAAUUGGACAAGAGGAUCGAGGCUCUUCGGCGGAAGAAUGAGGCCCUCAUCCGGCGCUACCAGGAGAUUGAGGAGGACCGUAAAAAAGCAGAACUCGAGGGCGUAGCUGUGACAGCUCCCCGGAAGGGCCGCUCGCUGGAGAAGGAGAAUGUGGCAGUUGAGGUGGAGAAGAACCAGGGUCCCUCCCGCAGGACUCCUGGGACCCCUCGGCCCCCAGGGCCCAGCAGGGGAAGCCGGACUCCCCCUCAGCAGGGAGGCCGGACAGGCAUGGGCCGGGGGUCCCGCAGCUGGGAGGACAGUCCAGGGGAGCAGCCCCGAGGAGGAGCUGGAGGCCGUGGCCGGCGGGGCCGAGGCAGAGGGUCCCCUCAUCUCUCUGGAGGUGGAGAUGCCUCAGCUGCUGACCGCAAAUCCAAGGAGUGGGAGGAGCGGCGCAGGCAGAACAUCGAGAAGAUGAAUGAAGAGAUGGAGAAGAUUGCGGAGUAUGAGCGCAACCAGCGGGAAGGCAUGCUGGAGCCCAACCCAGUGCGGAACUUCCUGGAUGACCCCCGGCGGCGUGGCGGGCCCCAGGAGGAGCCUGAGCGGGACCGAAGGGAAGGCAGCCGCCGGCAUGGGCGCAACUGGGGUGGUUCUGACUUUGAGCGGGUGCGCUGCGGACUGGAGCAGGAGCGGCAGGGCCGCCGGGCCGGCCCUGGCAGUGCCGGCGACAUGACCCUGUCCAUGACGGGCCGAGAGCGGUCGGAGUACCUGCGCUGGAAGCAGGAGCGGGAGAAGAUCGACCAGGAGCGGCUGCAGCGGCACCGCAAGCCCACUGGCCAGUGGCGGCGGGAGUGGGAUGCCGAGAAGACUGAUGGGAUGUUCAAGGAUGGCCCAGCCGCUGCUCAUGAACCAGCCCACCGCUACGAUGACCAGGCCUGGGCCCGGCCUCCCAAGCCCCCCACUUUCAGGGAGUUCCUGUCCCAGCACAAAGCUGAGGUCAGCCGCAGGAGGAGGAAGGGCAGCCGACCCCAGGCCAAGGCAGCGCCUCGUGCCUACAGUGACCAUGAUGACCGCUGGGAGACGAAGGAGGCAGUGUCCCCAGCCCCUGAGGUCCCACAGCAUACUCCUUUGGAGGAGACGCCCACACAGCUGCCUGAGAUCCCCACCCCUGCCCCCCAGCCUCCUGAGGAUCAGGGGGAGGAGGACCAGGGGGAGGAGGACCAGGGGGAGGAGGACCAGGGGGAGGAAGACCAGGGGGAAGAAGACGAAGGUGAGGACGAGGAGUGGGAAGAUGUGAGUGAGGACGAGGAGGACAUUGAGGAGGAAGAAGAGGCUGAGGAGGAGGAAGAGGAGGAAGAACCAGCUCAAGACCACCAACCCCAAGAGUCUGAGCCCACCAGGAACCCCGGCAGCAAGCAGGCCAGCAAAGAGCCCUUCAGGCCCGAGGAGCCCCCGCCAAUUCCCCAGGCCCCUGCCACACCUUCCAGCCCCUUCUCACCCCCUGGGGGCCACCAGCCUGUGUCUGACUGGGGCGAAGAAGUGGAGCUGAAUUCUCCCGGAGCCACCCACCCGGCAGAUGCCCUCUCUCCGGGAGGUGACCAGCCAGCCCCUGCCUCCCUGGAGAGUGCGCCUAGCCUCCCUGGAACCCAGAAAGCUGAAGAGGAGGGGUCUGAGGCAGCUCCAGAAGUGGGCCGCGAAGGCCAGGAGACUGCGGAGAUCACGGACUUCCAGAGGGCCUCCCCGAAUUCCUGAAGAUGCUGCUGGGAGGGCCCUGAAGCUUACCCGCCUUGAUGGGGAGGGGGCGGCAGGAGGGGGUUGGUCUGCCUCUCCACCCUGUGCUCUCUGCUCCCUGGAGCCCACUCUGGACCCUAUGGCUUAGGGAGAGGGAGAA